AUGAAUCGUCAAGAUACUACUGAAAACAACAUCGGUAACAACAACAAGAACCCUCAGAAUCUGAGCAAUUCGGCGAUGGAGAGGCUUCAGUUACACAUGCAGCUUCAGAAUCUACAGAGUCCUUUCUCUAGUUUCUAUGAUAACCCUAUCUUGUUGCCCAAGCUUCCACCCUCUAGGAGUCAACGUUGA